GAAAAUACUUUUAUUAAUUUUUUCUCUCAAGGAGCCUACAGAAAAUUGCACCUACGCUCAGCAGAUCACAGGUACAAUCUCAGGCUCCUGCAGACUCUCAGGAUAGCUGCUGCCCAUAUAUCAUACAGUCAGGAACAGGGGCGGACUGACCAUUUGGAAACGCAGGCACUGCCCGAGGGCCCGGGGUCAGUAGGGGGCCCCAUGAGAUGCCCCUGGUACCUUUUUCAUAGGCUUUUUUGAGUUUGGGCAAGGACACAGGGGCCCCAUGAUCCCCUAUUGCCCGGGGGCCCCAUGAGUUGUCAGUCCGCCCCUGUCCAAGAGAUAAAAAU